GGCGCCGGCACAUAUCGCCGCUUUAACUCAGAACGAAAACCGAAUAAGCGACUGCAUAAGGCGGAGAAGUAAACACAAACAGUAAUCAUAAUUCAGAGCAGAGCGCGCCAUGGAAGAGAAGCUCUCAUCCGUGGCGAAGAACUUUACCCCUUCUCCCAUACUAGAACUCUCUCAUCUCGCUCAGAGAUGUAACGCCAUCAACCUCGCCGAGGGCUUCCCGGACUUCCCCGCUCCUCUCCGAAUCAAAAACGCUGCUGUAUCCGCCAUUAAUUCCGACUUCAACCAGUAUAGGCAUGUGCAAGGAAUUUGUGACCACCUGGCCGCAACAAUGAAGAAAAUGCAUGAUUUGGAUGUUAAUCCUCUAACGGAUAUAGCCAUUUGCCGUGGACAAACUGAGGCAUUUGCAGCAGCGAUUUUUGCUGUAAUUGACCCAGGAGAUGAAGUUGUGCUAUUUGAUCCUUCAUAUGAAACUUAUGAAGGGUGUAUUACCAUGGCGGGAGGAGUCCCUUGGACCUUGUGCCCUGGCAAGGUAUUGAAGUCUUUUACUGGCAGAAUAAAAGCUAUUGUUCUGAACAGCCCUCACAACCCAACUGGCAAAGUUUUCUCCAAGGAAGAGCUUGAAGUUAUUGCUGAAGCCUGCUGCAGAUGGGAUUGCCUUGCUAUAACAGAUGAAGUAUGAGAAUAUUUUUGUUAAUAUUUGCGAAAAGUGAAACAUGUAUAUGGUUGAAUAUGUCACUGGUUUAGAACAUGCAUGACACAUGCUUCUGUAAUGUCUCACUGAACAAUUCUAAUGUGUGGAGACCUUUGUCCCAAUGUAGACUAUAUAAGCUGGGUAUAUGAGCACAUAACAUUUGACGACAAGAAACAUAUAUCUCUUGCCUCACUCCCAGGAAUGCAAAAGAGAACUAUCAUCACAUCCUCCUUGUCUAAAACUUUUAGUGUUACAGGUCAAAUAA